AUGUCGAUGCUCCCGACUUUUGGCUUCACCCAAGAGCAAGUGGCCUGCGUCUGCGAGGUGCUCCAGCAAGGAGGCAACAUCGAGCGGCUGGGGCGGUUCCUCUGGUCCCUCCCUGCCUGCGAGCACCUCCACAAGAACGAGAGCGUCCUGAAGGCCAAGGCGGUGGUGGCCUUCCACCGGGGCAACUUCCGCGAGCUCUACAAGAUCCUGGAGAGCCACCAGUUCUCGGCGCACAACCACCCCAAGCUGCAGCAGCUCUGGCUGAAGGCGCACUACAUCGAGGCGGAGAAGCUGCGGGGGCGACCCCUAGGGGCGGUGGGCAAGUACCGGGUGCGCCGCAAGUUCCCGCUGCCCCGCUCCAUCUGGGACGGCGAGGAGACCAGCUACUGCUUCAAGGAGAAGAGCCGCAGCGUGCUCCGAGAGUGGUAUGCCCACAACCCCUACCCGUCCCCCAGAGAGAAGCGGGAGCUGGCUGAAGCCACCGGCCUCACCACCACCCAGGUCAGCAACUGGUUCAAGAACCGCCGGCAGCGGGACCGCGCCGCCGAGGCCAAGGAAAGGUACGGCUCCCCACGGGAAAACAACGAGAAUUCCAACUCCAACGGCCACAACCCGCUCUCGGCGUCAAUGAACGGGAAUAAGACAGUUUUGGGGAGCUCAGAGGACGAGAAGACGCCGUCAGGGACCCCGGAUCACACCUCCUCCAGCCCCGCGCUGCUGCUCAGCUCCAACCCCGGGCUGCAGCCCCUGCAUGGCCUGGGCCACCCCCAGGGCCCCAGCGCCAUCCCCGUGCCCAGCGCCGAUCCCAUGCACCACCACAGCUUGCAGGACUCCAUUCUCAACCCCAUGUCAUCUAAUUUGGUCGAUCUGGGCUCUUAA